AUGAUUCAAAAAAGAAAAGCAGCUCAUGAUAAGCCUGCUUUAAAUGAAAUUUAUGUCAAGAAUAAAUAAUUAACUAGAAAACAAAUAGCAUAAAUACAAUAAUUGAUAAAAUAGAUGAUUAAACGUAAGAAGAUGAAAUGAUUUUAAAGAUAAGAUCAAUAAUACAUAUUACAUUAAAAAAAGAUUUAAAUUUUUGAAUAUUUUUUAAAUAAUAUUAAUAACUAUAAAA